UGGAGACUGAUGAACAAGAGGGGGGAGGUACAGGGGAGGGUGUCCCACACACGGAGGAGCAGACACACUCCUCACACACAGAGGAGGGAAGAGAUAUAAAGGGGCUCUCGAGGAAAACGAGUGUUCAGGCAAGCGUCCGAGUCUUCUCCACCCUGCUUCUGAGAGUGUUUGGGGAAGAAAGUCACCUUGCUAUCAGGCAGAAUACUUUUUUCUUGUCAGAGAAUCAAAGGAAGUGUGACAGGCUGGACACUAAGAAGAGAUGAGUUAAGGGACCAGAACUUUUUUUUUGAUUUUCAGAUUUUUCACUUCAGUUGUUUACUUAUCACCCUCUGAGAACUUUUUUUUCCAUCCAAGAAGAAAAUCUGCUGGAAGAAAACUUUGGUGUGUGUCCCUUCCUCCUGAAGUCCAGCUGUCACUGAAUGUUCAUCUCUUAUUCAUGUUCUUUCCUUUGCCAGUCUCUAAACAAGGAACUGAAUCAGAAUGGAAGCAUCUAUUCCUUUGAACGUGGAAAACAAUCAGUCCCUUUCCUUUGAGCACUUUGACUUUGAGAAAAACAUCGAUGGCUUUGGCAUCACCAUGGCUUUUCUCUACCUCGCGGUCUGCGUCGUGGGACUGGCCGGGAACUCCCUCGUCAUAAUAGCCAUUUUGAAACUGGACAAGAUGUCAUCGUCCACAACAGUGUAUGUUUUCAACCUGGCCUUGGCCGAUGGACUAUUCAUGGUCGGCCUCCCCUUUAUUGCAAGCCAGAACUUCAAGGACCAGUGGGUGUUUGGGAACACAGCAUGCAAAGUCAUCAUGGUCCUGGACGGGAUCAACCAGUUCACCAGUGUGUUCUGCCUCGCAGCGAUGAGCGUCGACCGCUACGUGGCACUCGCCAGACCUCUUCAAUUCGCCCGUUGGAGAACCCCGAGCUGUGCCAAGGUCGUCUCCGCAUUCCUGUGGUUCUUCUCCCUCCUCACCAUUCUCCCGAUGGCUUUGCAUUUCUCCGCCGAUCACGGCUUUUGCAGUCCAGACUUUGCCACGGAGUCCUGGUUUGUCGGCAUCCUCUUUUACACCUUCGUCAUGGGUUUCGCCUUACCCUUUACGUUAAUGACGGUCUUUUACGCAGCCAUGUUGAUCUCCCUGAGGUCCCAGCGGCGCCGCUCCCCGGUGCCGAGCCGGGAGGGCCGCAGAUUCGAGCAGCAGAUGACCAAAAUGGUCGUGGCUGUGGUGGUGGUGUUCGGCAUGUGUUGGCUUCCAUUCUACACCCUCAACUUCCUCUCUUUGUAUCAGCACUCCUUCUUUAAUUUCGGAAGAGCUUUUGAAUUCGUGGUCUUGCUGUCGUAUUCGUGGAGCUGUGCCAAUCCCAUCCUCUACGCCUGUUUCUCCGACACCUUUAGGAAGCACUUCCGCACCCUGCUGUGCCUCGGGGCCAAAUCCUGUCCUAGCUCAAAGUAUAGUAUGGAGCAGAGCGACCUAAAUGACACAGGUGUACAGGAUGUCACUCUUCUGGCCUGAGAACCGAACACUGAUACUCGGCACGAUACUUGUGAACCUCUGUGUAUAAAUAUAGUUGCAUGAUUGCCUUUAAUAGAAAGAGUUGUGAAUCAUAACUAAUGUAGCUUGUUUUUGCUUAUGUUACGCUUCAUGCAUGAAAAGCACAUACUCUUCACCAUAGAGUGAAGUUGUACAUAAUUUUGGAGUUUACUGUGUAAUGAUCUCAUUAACUAUCUUCUGUUUUGUUUUUUUGUAUUUUGUCUGCAUUUUCACAAGCAAUGAGUUAUUUUUUUUAUCUCAGUUUGGAAAUAAAGUGUUUGAUCAAAUGUCUGUGGAUCACUGUUCUGUACCGUUUGUGAAUAUUGCUACUGAUCAGAGGCAUGUUCUAAUUUCAUUAGUUGUUAAAAUAAACCAAUGUCUUCUGAAGAUUUUCUUUCCUGUGGAAGACAAAGUAAAAUAGCUUACCAAGCGACCGAAUUCUAUCAUGUUUUAAUCAUUUUAAUCGGCAUUCUAUGUAUUUGAAUAUCAUGCUUUGGUAAAGUAAACAUGUGCCUCCUC